CGCGGCCCGAGACCCGGGCGCGGCCGGGAGCGGCGAGGCUUUCCCGGCGUGCGGGACGCGACGGUGCGCAGCGCGGCGAAGCGGGUCCCGGAGUCGUCCGCGGCCAGGAGCAGCAAUGUCUGUGCAGGUGGCAGCCCCCGGCAGCACAGGGCUGGGCCCAGAGCGCCUGAGCCCUGAGGAGCUGGUGCGGCAGACACGGCAGGUGGUGCAGGGGCUGGAGGCCCUGCGGGCGGAGCACCAUGGCCUGGCCGGGCACCUGGCGGAGGCCCUGGCAGGACAGGGCCCUGUGGCCGGCUGGGAGCUGCUGGAAGAAAAGCAGCAGGUGGUGAGCCACUCGCUGGAGGCCAUCGAGCUGGGGCUGGGCGAGGCCCAGGUGCUGCUGGCUCUGUCGGCGCACGUGGGCGCGCUGGAGGCCGAGAAGCAGCGGCUGCGAGCGCAGGCCCGGCGGCUGGCGCAGGAGAACGCGUGGCUGCGGGAGGAGCUGGAGGAGACACAGCGGCGGCUGCGGGCCAGCGAGGAGGCGGUGGCCCAGCUGGAGGAGGAGAAGAGCCACCUCGAGUUCCUGGGGCAGCUGCGGCAGUACGACCCGCCCACGGAGAGCCAGCAGCCCGAGUCGCCCCCUCGCCGAGACAGCCUGGCCUCCCUGUUCCCCAGCGAGGAGGAGAGAAGAGGUCCCGAGGCGGCAGGAGCGGCAGCGGCUCAGCAGGGCGGCUACGAGAUCCCAGCCCGCCUUCGGACCCUGCACAACCUCGUGAUCCAGUACGCGGGGCAGGGCCGCUACGAGGUUGCUGUGCCUCUGUGCCGGCAGGCCUUAGAGGACCUGGAGCGGAGCUCAGGCCACUGCCACCCUGACGUGGCCACCAUGCUCAACAUCCUGGCGCUGGUGUACCGGGACCAAAACAAGUACAAAGAGGCCACGGACCUUCUCCACGAUGCCCUGCAGAUCCGGGAGCAGACGCUGGGCCCGGAGCACCCUGCGGUGGCUGCCACCCUCAACAACCUGGCGGUCCUCUACGGGAAGCGUGGACGCUACCGGGAGGCAGAGCCCUUGUGCCAGCGCGCCCUGGAGAUCCGUGAGAAGGUCCUGGGCGCUGACCACCCGGAUGUGGCCAAGCAGCUCAACAACCUGGCCCUGCUCUGCCAGAACCAGGGCAAGUUCGAGGACGUGGAGCGGCACUACGCCCGGGCCCUGAGCAUUUACGAGGCCCUGGGUGGGCCCCACGACCCCAACGUGGCCAAGACCAAGAACAACCUGGCCUCGGCCUACCUGAAGCAGAACAAGUACCAGCAGGCGGAGGAGCUGUACAAAGAAAUCCUCAGCAGGGAGGCCCUGCCCGCCCCUCUAGGUGAGCCCUGGCCCCUGCCCUCCCUCCUCGGUGGCUCCUCGGGGUCCCCACCUCACUGUCCCCCAUUUGUUCUCCUAGGAGCCCCCAACAGAGCUGGUGAUGCACAACAGCAGGUGACGAUGGGCUUUGCCUCAGCUCCUGGGGUGGGGAUGGGGACUGGACGGGCUCCUGAGGGACUGACCAGUGUCCCCGGCCCCCCUCCCCAGCCCCUUCGUCGUAGCAGCUCCUUCUCCAAGCUCCGUGAGUCUAUCCGGCGUGGAAGUGAAAAGCUGGUCUCCCGUCUCCGAGGCGAAGGAGUGGCGGGCGCAGCCGGAAUGAAGAGAGCCAUGUCACUCAACAUGCUGAACAUGGAUGGCCCAAGGGCUGCUGGGACUCAGUUUCCCAGCCAGCACCUGGGCGAGGCCCCGCGGACUCUCAGCACCAGCACCCAGGACCUGAGCCCCCACUAAAGCCGACUGGACCGGGCAGGCCACAGCUUCUCAGGAAGAGGAGGGGAGGGGCGGCCGGGG